GGAGGGUUCUGACCAGGGACCCUGUGCAGGGUGGGGGGCGCCCCUGGGCAGCGUCUGACCCGGCUCCCCCCAGCCCCGCAGCCAUGCCGAAGAAGGGGCGCAAGGCGGCCGCGCUGAGCGAGGAGGAGCGGUUGCUGCUGAUGCAGCAGAAGAUGCUGGCGGAGGAGGAGCUGAGCAAGAAGAAGGAGGACAUGCUCACCCAGUUCCUGAAGGACAAGCUGGCGAAGGAGGAGCACAACAGCGCCCUCAACAUGAAUAAAAUCAACCUGCAGUGGCGCACGGUGCUGCGGGAAGUCAAGGCCAGAGAACUGCGCAAGGACAUUGAGAUCCUGAGCCAGACCUUUGAGCGGGUGGUGGACUGCAAGGACAGUGUCAUCCGGUCGCUGGCCAGGGACCUGUCCGAGGCCGAGGCACAGUACACUCAUGCCCUGUGCAGCCACCUGCACAACAUCGACCAGUUGCUGCAGCUCCAGCGGUGCCGCCUGAGGUACCUGGAUGAGGAUUACAACACCGAGCGGGAGGCCCUGAAGAAGGAGUUUGAGACAGAAAGGGGGAUGAUCAUCGAGCACCAUGACAAGGAGAGCCGCUACCUGCGGGAUGUGCUGCUGGCCCUGGAGCAGAGCUUCAGUGAGAGCGAGUACGAGGCCAAGCUGGACUUCCAGAGCACCAGGGACGACGUCAAGAACAAGAACCUGGAGGAGAAGCACUAUCUGCGUGUGCAGCUGGAGGGCACAGUGGAGGAGCUGUGGAAGCGGUUCCAGCAGGCGCUGAAGAACUACACCGAGGCAACAGAGGACCGGAAGAUUGCAUUUGAGGCCCUCAAGCUGAAGGAUGAGAAGAGCUCCAAGGAGAUUGAGAUGCAGAUGAAGAAGCUGCAGAAAAUUCAGGACUCCAUUGGCAUCCUGAAAGGCAAGAUCGCGGCACACAUGCGGGAGGCCGAGGAGCAGAACCGGCGUGUGCACGAGGAGAAGGAGGUUGUCCUCAAGCAGCUGCAGAAACUCAAGAGCCAGAUGAACCAGGCCAGGGCCAAGGCCAGGAGCAACCUGGCCAAGCUCACCCUGGAGAGCAGCACUGCCCUGAAGAAGCUAAGGGGCGUCCUCGAAAAGGCAGAGCUCACCCUGCGGCUGGCCGAGAUGUGUCGGAAGCUGGAGACCGAGGAGGAGAAGGUGCUGCCGUUCUACGCCUCCUCGCUGAGCAGGGAGGAGCAGGAGGAGCUGGAGCAAGUCUCCCUGGAGAAGCCUGGGGAGCAGCUGGCCCAGCUGCUGCAGGAUUACCUGGGCCUGGAGCACUUCUGGCAAAGGUACAACAAGGUGAAGCUGGAGCAGCUGGCUCUGGAGCGGGAGAAGGCAGUGCUGCGCCAGGAGAACCAGAAGCUGCGCUUGCUCCUCAAGCAAUACCUGGACGGGAUCUCGGUGAGCGACGAGGUGCUCAGCCGGCUCAACCCACUGCUCAUCCUCAACCCCAAGCCCCGUGCGCCCGGUCCCGCUGGCAGAGCCCCCCGAAAACCGCCCCUUCACAACGUCAUCGAGGCUGCCCACGAGGUGCCACACAUCCUGUGAGCCGCCCCGCCCGGGGCAUGCUGGGAACUGCGCUCUGCCAGCUGCGGCAGCUUGUGCCUGGCGCGCGUGGCUGGGAGAGUCGGGCGUGAGGAGCGGCGAGCGCUUCCCCGGCGGUGCUGUCCCACUCCGUGCCCAUAGGAAGCUGCCAUUAAAGGGUUGUAAUGAUCGCA